AUGCGCUCCGUCGUAGCCCUCGCGGCUUUGGCCCUUAGUGGCAGCCUUGAUCUCGCUGCUGCAAGCCUCUGCAAGCCUCGCCCUUCUCACCUUAGCUCCGCUACAACCGACCUCACACUCUCCGACACCGCGACUUCAGCAGCUGCUUCCGAGACCGCCGGAUCCGUUGUCAUCAAGAGCGUCGUCGACGGUGGCGGUUUCUCAGUCGCUCCUCCUGAAGGUGGCGUACCAGGCUUCACUGUCGAUGGUGAUGCGACCAUCGUCGUUGGGCCAGGUUACAAGGGGGAUGGAAGCAAAGACUCAGGCUGUCUUUCGCUGCAGGCUAGUGGCGACAGGAAGCGUGAUCUUGGAAGCUUUGCUGGUGUUGCGCAGUCGCUCGAUCAGUUGAGCUUGACUAGGCCUUACACCGUCCGCUUCUUCUACUUGGUUGUUACUGCACCGUCGCUGAAUUUCUGCCAAUUGACUGCUUCGCUUGGUAGCCAGACCUUCUUCCAGACUUGGAUCAUCAGCUUUGGAACUAGUGUGCAGUGGGGUAUGGCUCUUGAGCAGGUUACUGCUGCUCAACGCUCUGCACCUCUGUCCAUCUCUAUGAACUGUCUGGUUGGAGGGUCUGCUCAGGUGUAUGUUGACUCUCUUUUCAUGUCUAACCAGGUUACGCCUGCGACCAUUGACGAUCAUCCUCUUGAUCUUGGUGAUUCGGAUGCCUCUAUCUUCACUACCACUUCAUCUUCCGCUAUUCAGAUAACCACCUCUAGCAAGGUUGGAACUACAUCUGUGCCUCCAAUCAUUCCAACCCAUGCUGAGAGCUCAGAUGCGUCUUCUAACUCUGCUACACCCGGUACUGGAAGUCCCAACACUCAGCCUACAGGCAAUCAUGCACCAGUUACUGGCAGCCCUCACACUGUUCCUACUGGCAAUAACACUCCCGGUCCGGUUGACAGCCAAACCUCCGCUGCAGGCAACACCCAAGCUACUACUCAGCCUGGCCCUCAGACUCCCGGCGCUCAAACUCCAGGUGCCCGGACUACUACAUCCGACACAGAAAAGCAGACCAGCACUGAAUCAGCUGCUACAAGCGCCUCUACAUCAAGCGGCAGCUCUUCCCCUCGCCAAUCCUCGACCAUCAAGCCCGAUGGCCCCGUGAGCCGCGUCUGCGCCAACGUUGGCACAUCCUCCAUCGCCGGUCGCGGAUGCGGUAUGCAGCCUUACAACAGCGCCGGAGCCUACAGCCGCUUCACAAGCAGCAACUACCAGAAGGAAGACUGCGCUGCUCUCUGUCUCGCUGAUGAGAACUGCAAGUCUUUCGAGUGGAGCUAUGGCAACAACUGUGCCAACGAAUGUCGUCUCAUCGCCUCUGUCUUGAGCGACGUUCCCGUUGGUAACACAGGUACCCAGUUCACCUCUUAUGACCGCAGCUGCAUCAUUUCCAAGCCCUGCCCUAGUUUCCCCGAGGAUAGUAUCUGUAUCAACAAGAUGGGCAGCACUCCUAACAAGGGCUGUGUCCGUCGUAAGGGAACGCUCAAGUCUUGUGCUCAGGAAUUCGCGACUCUUACUGUCCAGCCUUGCGGCGGCGGAGAUCAGUGCAGAGACAUGUGCGCCAUGUACGCUGAUUGUCAAUCUUACUCUUACACUUCUCUCCUGUCACAGAGGAACUGUAAAUUGUAUGCUGGUACUACCGAUGAGAUCACCGAUGAGGGAGGUAGCGAUUACUUCUCUGAUAUUGGCUGCUGGGCUUGCGGACAGAACAUGGGUUUCUCAACAUAUGGUCUUCUUACCAAUGAUAAUGUUGUUCUCCCCGAGAUGACAUGUCAGGCUCCUACCAAGGCUGUCGCGGAUACACCUACCACCUUCAACACAAGAACCACUCAAGCCGCUGAGUCUACUUCUUCUUCAGCCGCCGUCCAGCAGCCCCCAACCACCACCACAGAGUCUGCCAGCUCUACAGCUACCGUCAUGACCUGCCCCACUGGCAUCACUGCCCCCGGAUUCUGUCAACCUCUCGAUAGCCUCCCUACUCAAUCCGUUUCCCUCCCCGGCAUCAUGGACCACUGGCCCCAGAGCGACGGUGACAUCGAGCCUCCUGUCCAGCGGACCUGCAACGCCUUUGGUGUCAAGAAGGGCGGCUGGUGGGGACGCACUGUUCAAAGCAACAGACGUCAAAACACCAUGGAGGACUGUGCCCUUCUAUGUCGCGAGGAGGGAUACUGCGAGGCUUUCGGUCUCGAUACGACCAGCGGGUGGGGCAAUCAGUGUGCUUUGUCGACUUAUAAACUUGGUACUGAGGGUAUUGAUCUCAAUGUCCCGUAUUCCUUCUGGUGGAGCGAUCUGGAUUGUUAUGAGUGCCAUGAUUGUCAGGCUGCUUGA